AAUGCAUGCCUGGGCAGCGUGUGCGCGUCGGUAUACACUCAGUCCGUGAACGUGACAGAUGCUUUGCAGGUUCUUGGCGGCGACACGUUCUUGAAGGUGGAUGUCGGAGCAGACGUAUGGCAGACGAUUCGCGACAUCGACUCGGCGUCAGCUCGGAACGAGAACGAUCCAGGCCCAUUUCAGAUCGUCGGCCAGGCCAUUAUGACGAACGAGUUCUGGAAACACCAGAAGAAGAUGUGGUUAAAGCGCAUCCCGAAGAUCGAGCAGCACGGCAAGGACAUGAAGAAUGCGUACAAGGAGAUGCAGCACAUGAAGGCGGAGCCCACGGAGGCGUGCGGGAAUGUCUUGUGCGGUCUAGCGGGCAACGCACUGCUUUGGGAGGCAGGGUUUCCAGACUACGGCGUGGGUGAGUUGAAGGAGCGUAUCUUGCCGCUGGCAUCGAAUGCGACAGAGAUCGUGCUUCGUGGUAUUGAGGAAGCAGGUGGUGGUUCUUCGGCUGAGAACCUUAGCACAAUCACAGCCUUUCAGUCGCUGCAAAAGAAGCUACUCUUGCUUUUCCCUGGUGAGGACAACAUCGUGCGCUUUGGUACGGCGUUGCACAAGGCGUCGAAGUCCAUCGACGUCAGCACGAAGAUGGACGCGCUCAGGCGCACCAUCCAGACGCUGAACGAGCAAGAGGGUGGAGCGCUUGAGUUGCUGAAGCACGCGACGGGCGCUGUCAAGGGUCGCGCGCUGCCUGAUGAUAUCCAGGAGCUGUUCGGGGAGAAGGCGGUCAAGAUCCAGACGAAUCUCAUCGGGGAGGUGGGCGUCGAGGAUGACCUUGAGAAAGACGGCUGCUUCUUGAGGGGCGCGACAGUCGAGUUGUUCAGCGUGUUGGAGCUCAUGGGCGAGCAUAGCCCUGACAAGAGCAAGGAUAAGAUUAAUAAGACCACUGGCCUCCUGAAAGCUGUGUUUAACACGGUGAACCAGGUGCUCAAUGUCAAUGACGUCGCUGCGUAUUUCGUGUCGGACACCCAGCCGCCGACUACCAAGACCAGGGCAGAUAUGGACAAGGCUAUGGCCGACCUCACCGCCAGUUACCACGAAGCAGUGGUUGCCGCCAAGAACUGCAAGCACCACUACAAGGAGAGCGAGCGCGUCAUGAAGAUGAGCAUGCAACUGAUCGGCCACAGCAAGGACACCAUCACGGAGCAGGGAAGCAUCAAGCGGGACAGCAUCAAGGACUACAUCGACAGGGAUCGACGUAAUGCUAAUGUGCAGCUCCACAACGACACGGUCACUGGCUUGGACGCGACAGGCUUCGAGACGCGUGCGAAGGCGGUGGAGGAUGGCCUCAAGCAGUAUUGCAGCACGUGUGACAUGUUCUACCUGGUGCGCGAUGAGAAGUACGAGAAGGCUGUGCUGGAUGAGCUCAGCUGUAUUCGGCAGACCACGGCGACGGUCCGCAUGAUCGCGAUCUUCGCGGACGGCAAGACGAUGAAGGACAAGGUGAAGAUGCAGGGCCUCGCGAAGGGGAUCGCCACCGACCUGAAGGACUGGUCCAUGAAGCCAGACGGCUUCAACAAGGUGCUCAAGGAGAGGUACCAGCUCGCGCUGAAGUACC